GCAAUCUGCAGAAAACAAAAGACAAAACGAAAAAUUGAAUUAAGAAAACAAAAAAAAAAGAAGAAAACAGAAAGGAAACAAAAAGCAGCACAUGCGGAAUCGUCCUUAUAAUUCUUUCUUUCUCGUCAGAGACAAUUUCUUUUCUAGGAUCGCCAAACUCAUGGACAGCUUUUCGCUUAGGGUUUUAUAGAUAAUUUAUUUAGUAUUUAUUAUAAAGAGCCGGAGAACGAAAUCCCCUUGUUUAGAGGAUUUUUAAUUUAGGGUUCUACGACAUGGAAAUCGAGGUCUCCGGCUCCAAUUCUGUGGUUCGUAGCAUCGAUUUGUUGGAUAGGGAAAAGAAGGCGGAGGAGGAACGGAUUCGCUUGAAGAGGAAGACCUUGAACCACGUGCUUGAACAGUGCCAUAGGGCACUUGAAUUGCUCAGUAAUGGGAGCGGUGUUGAUGAUGACGAUGAUAGCGAAGGUGGCGCCCAGCCUCAGGCGGAGGCCAGUCGUGAAGACUCUUCGGUUCAGACUGGCGAUCGAGAUGUUGAAGAGUUGUGCGAUCUUCUCAAAUCUAGAGUUGAGUGCCCUGACUUCCUCGAAAAACUGGAGUACGCUCAGUCAUCAGUUCCUCAAAAUGUUACCGAAGAAUGUAGUUCUUGGGACAUGAUCAAUGAAAAUGAUCUUUGGGAAGGUGAAAAUUCUGAUUCGGAUCAAGAAGAUUAUGUUCUAGUUAGGCAAGAAGAUAUUGUAGAAGGCAUUGCUUGUUUCAUGGCUGCGUAUUUGUUGUCUCUCAAACAGACUAAGGACUUGGCCCCAAAUAAACUCCAGGAAGCACUUAGCAAGACAUUCUCGGUAAAAAAGAAAAAAGGAAAGCUUCGGAAGGCAUGGGAUGGGAGUAAAGUUAUUUAUAAUGUUGCGUCUUGGGGAGCUACUGCCAUUGGGAUAUAUCAGAACCCCCUUAUUCUUAGUGCCGCCUCUAAAGCCUUUUGGACUUCUUGUCAUGUUAUAUCAAAGUUUCUCUGACUUUUCCUGUCUCUGGCUGGAGAUAUCUAUGCUAUUGGAAUUCACUGUUGUACUUGUACUCAUGCUGCCAAUGCAGCUUUCCUGCUCCAUAUGGUGUGCCAUUCUUUCCAUUUCAAGCGAUCAAUUUCUCUCUUAUGUAUUUUAAUCUUGUAAAUACCUUUUCUGUUUGAAGAAAUUAUGGGUGAAAUUCAAUUUCUUUGGGGAGAUUUCAUUGCAAAUUUCUAUCUUGUAUUGCCCCAUUUCAGUUGUCCAGAUUAAUAAUGCAUGCAGAUGCGUUGUGUUA